GAGUAAUGAAUGAUAUAUUGUAAUAUUUAUAGAUCAGUUCCUUAAACAUCUUAAUAACCAAAUAAGUAAAGAGUAUAAUCAAUAUAUGCAAUAGAAAUUAAUAAUUAGGUUCUAAAUUAUCCUCACAUUCUUAAUUAGACUACCCUAUGAUGGGAUAAUAAACAAUUAUGAAAGAUUAAGAAUAAUUAGAACAAAUACAAAAAUUAACUAAAGAAAUAGAUAAAAUGAGGUAUUAAUAGAGAGUUAUCGAAUAAGAAAAUCAAAGACUAAAGAGUGAUAAGUAAUUUUAUUUAUGUAAAAAGUAGUAUACAAUUGAAUUAAAGAAACAAAUCAAAUAUGAAUGAAACAUAAGAAUUACAGUAAUAUAAUUAAAUAUUAAGUUAGAGAUCAAAUAUUGAUUUUAUAAAAUGAAAAUAAAAGAUUGACAAAUAUUGUUUAAGAAGAUUAAUUUUUGCUAAUAGAUGUACAGAAAUUGAAGAAAUAAGUAGAAUUAAAUAGAGGACUUGAAUAUAAGAUUAUUGAUUUGGAUUAGUAAAUUAUAAGUGUAAAUAAAUUACUUUUAGAAUAAAAAAGAUCAAAUGCAUUUUUAGAAUCUGAAUUAUAGAAUUAAAAAGAAAUUCUUGAAAAAUAUAAAUCAUAACUAAGAGAUUAAACUUUGGGAUUUGAAUCAGAAGUAUUAAAAAAUGAGUAAUUAUUAAAUGAUAAUCGAAAAAUGAAAAUGGCUUUAGAUUCAAUCAAUAAAGAUUUAAAUCAAGAACAGGAAUAAAACUAAAUGCUUAAUUAAAAGCUAAAUUAAAUAUCAUUAGGAGCAAAAGAUUAAAUAAGUAAUUUAUAAAAAAGCUAAUCUAAUCUAAAUUUAUAAAAUGAGUAAUUGAAGAAUUAAAUUAAUCAAUUAUAAUAAAAAGAGAAAGAAUUACAAAUUUCACAAAAUCUAAAUAUUUAGUAAGAAAAUAAAAUAGGAUAGAUGAAUCAAUAAUUAAAUGAAUGUAUUUUUAUUUUAUUUAUAUAAUAGAAUAGAGAUAAAUUGAAUAAAGUAAUGCGGCAAUUUCAAGUUGUAAAGUUGAAAAUACUAAAUUAGUAACUAAAUGCUAAUAAUAGGAUUAAGAAAUAAAGAUAUUAAAAGAAUAAAUAAAUUCAAUUACUUAAUAAAAUACAUUAAUAUAAAAUAAAUGUACUUAGUUGGAAAAGAGUUUAGAAGAUAGUUAAUAAAAAUUAUAGAUGUUAUCUUCAGAUCUAAAAGUGUAACUAGAAAAAUGGAAAAAUUAUGGGAUUUAAUUAGAAUAAGAAGUAAAGAAAAGGGACAUUGUUAUAAAGAAUUUAGAGAAUGAUUAUAUUAAGUCAGAAACUUAAUUAAAAUCAGCUCUAGAUAUCCAAAAUCAAUUAAAAAAUGAAAGAACUAUUUCAAUAGGAAAAUUAAAAGAAAUGCACACAGAUAUAUUAGCUUAUGAAAAAAAGGCUGAUUCUUUAGAAAGAGGUAAUUGUAAAUAUAAAGAAGUAGAUGUUGUUACACUUUAAGUUCAAAUUCAAAAUUCAUAUUAACAGUAAGAUAGAUUAGAAUAAGAGAAAUAGUUAUUAAAUCAAGAACUUAAAUAAAUGAUGGAAGAAUUACGUAGAAUAUAAAAUUAAUGUGAUUUAAGAGAUAGAGAUAUUUUAAAUUUUAGAUCUUAAAAUGCACUUUUGUCUGAAAGGAAUAUUUCUUUAUAAAAUGAAUUGGGUCGAGAAAGAGUAAAAUUCUAAUUUAAUAAAAUUAGGAUAAAUAAUUAUAAUUAGAUUCUAAAAUAAGAACUUUGGAAAAUGAAAUUCAUAAAUUCAAUUUUUAACAAACUCUUAAAUAGUAAUAUUCUUGGAAUACUGAUCCUCAAUUAAGUAUAGGUAAUUAGAAAUCUUUGUUUACAGAAUAAAAUCAAGAUUAUUAUUCUCCAUAAACAAAUAUUCAAGGAUUUAAUUCUCCAAAGAAUGGCUUUUAAGUUUAAUCCAAAUAAAAUCCUAUAGAAGUAUAGAAUUCUGGGUUUGAAAAUUAAUACGUAAAUUCAUUUAAUUAAUUAAAAAACGACCCUUACAAUUUAAGGUUUUAAAUUUAACCUUAAAAUUAAUUAAAUUGA